AUGGCGCACCCAACCACCGCUGCACAACUGGCCUUGGGCACGACGACCGAGUCCGAGGCGACGGCGACCCCUCCUCCCGAGCAGCUUCACAUUGACGAAAUAGACCGCGAUGGACGACACAUUGGUGUCGUGCGAGACGAGGACAGAAACAUUGUCUACCCAUCCUUUGUACCACCCGAGAUCGACUCGCCGAAUGCUCGAUCACCCCAGUCAACGACCGCGCCUACGGUUCCCGAGAUACCACCAAAGGACGACAAGACCACAAAGACCGAGUCGGCCCCGAAUGACCACUCUGACCAUAUCGAGGUGCCCGGCACGUCGAACACUCAGGAACGCCCUCCCAUGGACAAGAGGUGGAGGACCGAGGCGCCUGAUCGAAAGGCUGGCCAGGGCAGCACGGCACGGCGGAAUGUCCCCAAGCGAUCCGGAACAUCAUACCUCGAUAGGGCACUCUGGGAGGCCGACAGAGGAGAUUCGAGCUCGAGCUCCAGCUCCAGCGAUUCCUCCGAUGAUGAGAACUCUCAAGACAUCAGAACCCCGGCCGAGAAGAAAAAGGCACAAGAAAAAGCCAAUGCGAAGCGGCAAAAAGAGAUUGCGGAGCGCUACCGCCGCUUCCACGUCGGCAACGACAGCUACAACACCAAGGGCAAGGUGAAGAAGGACGGCCGCCUGCGUAUCUCGGUCAAGGAGACGGCCAAUACGGGCUACUUGGCCAAGGCGUUGGGACAGGCCGUCAAGAAAGUGGUACCGGUGCCCGAAGGCGAGGAGCAGGGCGAGGAUGGGCAGCGACCACCCGUGUCACGCCUCUCCUCCGCUACCACGGCCACCGCCGAUCGUGAACCGAAGCCGCGCUUGAAUAUUGUCAUUAUGGUCAUUGGCUCUCGAGGUGACGCGCAGCCGUUCCUAAAAAUUGGCAAGAUUCUCAAGGAGGAUUAUGGUCAUCGCGUGCGUAUUGCAACGCACCCCGCCUUCCGCGAGUUUGUGGAGAAGGACUCUGGCCUCGAGUUCUUCUCGGUCGGCGGCGACCCCUCCGAGUUGAUGGCUUUCAUGGUCAAGAAUCCUGGCAUGAUUCCGACUCUCGAUGCCGUCAAGGCGGGAGACAUUGGACGACGACGAUCGGCCAUGGCGGAGAUGUUUGACGGAUUCUGGCGAGCUUGCAUCAACGCCACGGACGACGAGAAGGAUGUCCACAACCUCAAAAUGAUGGGUGAGAAGGAUCCCUUCAUCGCCGACGCCAUCAUUGCCAACCCUCCCAGCUUCGCCCACAUUCACUGCGCUGAAGCUCUCGGAAUUCCCUUGCAUCUCAUGUUCACGUUCCCAUACACCCCAACGCAAGCUUUCCCUCACCCCCUGGCCAGCAUCAAGAAAUCCAACGUGGAUCCCGGGUACACCAACUUCAUCUCAUAUCCCCUGGUCGAGAUGAUGGUCUGGCAAGGUCUGGGCGAUUUGGUCAAUGACUUCCGCGUCAAGACCCUCGGAUUAGACGCUGUCUCGACACUUUGGGCCCCGGGAGCAACCUACCGCCUGCACGUGCCCUUUACCUACCUCUGGAGUCCUGGUCUCGUCCCCAAGCCCCACGAUUGGGGUGAAGAAAUUGACGUCUCCGGUUUCGUCUUCCUCGACUUGGCUUCGACUUUUGAGCCACCCAGCGACCUGGAGAAGUUCUUGGAUGCAGGAGAGCCACCUAUCUACAUUGGGUUCGGCUCUAUCGUUGUCGAUGAUGCCGACCGUUUUACCCAGAUGAUCUUCGAGGCCGUUGAACUUGCCGGAGUUCGCGCCCUCGUGUCCAAGGGCUGGGGCGGCUUGGGAGGCGAUGAAAUGGACGUCCCCGAUAAUAUUUUCAUGCUGGAGAACACGCCUCACGACUGGCUGUUCCCUCGAGUAAAGGCCUGCGUCAUCCAUGGCGGAGCCGGAACCACUGCUAUCGCUCUCAAGUGCGGUCUGCCGACCAUGGUUGUACCCUUUUUCGGCGACCAGCAUUUCUGGGGAAGCAUCCUAGCGACAAGCAAAGCCGGGCCCGAGGCCGUGCCCUACAAGCAACUCGACGCCGAGAAGCUCGCCGAGGGCAUCAAGUACUGCCUAACGGACGAGGCGAAAGAAGCGGCCGCCAAGGUCGCCAAGGAUAUUGAAUUAGAAGGUGACGGUGCCAAGAACGCCGUGCGGUCAUUCCACCACCAUUUGACGCUGGGAGGCAUGAACUCGAUGCGCUGCUCUAUUUUGCGAGACCGUCCGGCUGUCUGGACGCUGAAGAACACCAAUGUCAAGCUCAGCGCGCUCGCCGCUGAUAUCAUUGUCGAGGAAGGGCAGCUUUCUUGGAAGAAACUCAGACUGUUGCGGCACACGGAAUGGAACGACUUUGAGGGCCCUGGCGAACCGGUGACUGGUAUCGCGGGCUCUCUUGCCGGAACGAUGGGCAACGUCUUUGGUGGGAUCGGCAGUGUUCCUUACAGAAUUGCCAAGACGUCACAUAAGCGCAAGGAGAAGAAGGAUAAGAAGAAGAAGUUGAGGGCCCUCCGAGACAAGCGCACGAGCGCCAAGGAACGGAAGGCUGCGACCAACGGCGAGACCAGCAACGGUGCGCUUCGACCACAGGAGGGCGAUGACGACAACUCGAAGGAGGGAGAUAAGGCGAAAGCAAAGGGCGAAGAUGACAGUAAACAAUCCCAAGCCAACGGAAACGCCUCUUCUGCAAGACCGGGUGCGCAAGAACGACGCGAUACAAUGUCUUCAAUCGACACCGGAACCACCGUCGACGAUGCCGUUGGAGACUACGCCACUGAAGUUGGCGAGGGUGUUGGUAAAUCGGCACAAGCCCUCGCGAGGGCACCGGUAGACUUAUCCAUGGCCAUCGCUCAAGGAUUUCACAAUGCUCCUCGCCUAUACGGUGAUGAUACUGUUCGACGCCCGCCACGUGUCACCGGUAUCAGCUCCGGAUUGAAGGCCGCCGGCAAGGAAUUCGCUUACGGCAUUUACGACGGCACGACGGGCCUCGUUCGCCUGCCAGUCAGGGGUGCCAAGAAGGAGGGCGUCAAGGGGUUCGUCAAGGGAACAGGCAUGGGUCUCACAGGAUUCGUACUCAAGGACCUCAGCGCCAUCAUCAGUCCCUUUGGCUACACUCUGAAGGGCAUUGCCAAGCAAGUCGAACGGAAGAAGCAGCCCGACCGAGUCGUCCGUCGGGCUCGUCUUGUACAAGGUCAACGCGAAAGACGGAACCUGCCUGGCGAUACCAAGAAGCAAACAGACAAGGACGUAAUUACUGGGUGGUACACCAUCCACGAACUUCUGGAGACCCUCGAGGCCGAGAAGAAGCAAGGUAUCAAGGGGGUGUUCUCGCACAAGAAGCAGCGCGUCAACCACGCCGCCUUUGAGAGUGUCGACAUUGCCGACCGCACUCUCCAGGCGAUCAAGAAGGGUGAGGAUAUGAGCACCGUCGUCGGCACGGAGAAGGAGCUUCGAAAAGCGGACGAGAAGUUGAAGAGCCCUGCGACUAGACAUAGUGUUGAUACGAGGCGGUCGACCGAAACCGCGCGGGCGCGCAAGUCUGCCGAGGAUCAGGAUGGCUCCGAGGGCUCGGAUAAGAACUCGUCCAAGAGAAACCAUGACAUCGCGGAGAACGAGGAAGGAGAGGCGCGGGCCGAGGCGGCAGACCGUGCGGACGCGAGAGACAAGGCUGCCGCGGAAGACGCACAAGACAGAGCGGAGGCUUCUGGGUCCAAGUCUCACGAUGGAGCCCAGGUUAAUGGUACGGCUGGCGGGGGGCACAAGACGCAGCCAGAGGAGGACGGGCAUCGGCGGCCCAGCGUUGAUCGCGCGAGGUCGGCUCAGGUUUAG